AUGGCAACGCUAAACCCUGGAGAAAAGCCGAUGAAGCCGUCACACUUGAAUCGUUUCUUUGAUCGAAUUCGCGGGAAGAAAGGCGAGAAAAAUGCGCAAUUGGAAAACGAGUGCAACAAAGAGAACACGCUCGUGAUGAGUAAUAAUCGCAUUUCGAAAGAUGACUCGGCACAGCACUGGAAAAUCGCUGAACCGCAAAGUGCUAAAGAAAAGCCGAGGUCACCGCUGCAACGACUCCGUCAACGGCUUUCACUGCGAAGAAAAACAGCCGAUCGAAACGAUGCUUCGCACAUUUCGAGCAAUGAAAAGAUUGACGAUUCUGGAUACAAGCCAACGAACGGGAACUCAUUCGUCGCUCCACGUUCAGCCGUCAGCGAGAACGAUGUGCGAUUCUUGUGCUUAUCCCAGGAUCCCAUCACCUCAUCCACCAUCACUCAAAAUGGCCACUAUCGCCACCAUUCAAAAGGUGCACAAUCGGGAGUGCAGUCGAUGAGUGUGGAUGACGUGCGGGACAGAGAGGCUUCCCCGUUUCCUGCACAACCCAGCCGAUCACCAUCAUAUCUCAAAGUCUCCCUCGGCGCUCACGGAUACUCAACCAGAUCGAAAGUUCCACUGGGCGAGCUCGGGUGUUCAUUGUCGAAUGUGGAGCGAUUGCGAUUGGUUCAUCAACAACAGAUCACCGGCAAUAUGAUCACAACUUUCGGAGUCGAAAAGCCAAAAACUCGUACUUCAACAUUUGAGGAGAGUCCCGACAUGGGUAAUCUCACGACGAGACCCGUCAAGGCCCUUGUCGCCAAAAUCGAGGACCUUUCGGUGUGCAAAGGGAAAUCCGGAGACAAAAGUGAUGAUGAGGAAAACGGGAAAGUUCAUCGACCACAACUCGUCAUCAUUCAGCCGCUAAAUGAAAAGGAGAAACCGCAAAAAGUCGUGGAAAUGGCUGAGGUAAAUGAGAUUCAAGGUGAAGAGGCGGAGGGUCGAAUUUUCGAUCAACCUGUUGUAGCUGUGGCUGAGGUCACCGAAGAAGCCUCACAAAUUGCUACACAAGAAGCUGGAGUUCAUGAAGAUUUUGCCACAAAAGUGUUGAGCAGCGCGGAACAGAUCGUCGAAGCCGAUACAGCAAAAGCGGUGGCCACCGUCAUUCAGGUUUUACCUAAAGAGAAUUUGAGAGAAGUGCGAGAACCAAUGGAAUCAGUGAACAGCGGUGAGCAAUAUUCAAAGAAGUUGGAUGCGAAAAAACACGAGUAUCAGGCAUUGAUCACAUCGGCUGCAAAAGACUGCAAGGUUCUUGAAUCUGAUUCAAAGCGGGAAGAAGCUUAUCAAAUCCUCCAAGAGAGUAUCGCAUCGACACAACUUUUUAUGAAUGGAAAAAUGAAACAAUAUGAGGGAUUGAUCGAGAAGAAUUUGAAUCCUGUCGUUGGAGACCCUUGCCCAGUGCUUGUUCCGGAUCUUGCCGGCUGGUGGGAUAUGUUGAUGAUUCAGUUCGAAAAGCUCGAUCAAAAGUUCGCUCUCGUUGAGCAGAUCCGACAAAAUAAUUGGGAGAAACCGGCGGAAAAAGUGACAACGAUUGAGAAGAAAAACAACAACAACAAUGUGAAAAUGUUGAAAAACAAGGAGCCGGUGACGAAAGAAAUGCAAAUGAAACGAGAUGAGGCUAAUGAGAAGCGCAAAAAGAUGCUGGCCGAGGCUCGUGAACGCGCAAAAGCCAAUGUUACCGAGAGUCAAAUUUUCGUCUCAUCCACCGACAAC